GAGAGAGAGGAGAGUCAUGGAAGCUUUCUUAUCCAUUAUGAGUCAAUUGGCUGAUCAAAAAUCUUCAAUUUCCAUAACCAAAACCUUGAGCACUUUGUUUGUUUUCAUGGCUUCCAUUGUUGCUGUGAUGUUGAGGAUGAAAAUUAGGAAGCAUUCAGCAGCAGCAGCUGUGCCUGAGCCAGUCCCACUCCCACCAGGCCCAAAGCCAUGGCCUCUUCUUGGCUGCCUUCCAGCCAUUGCAAUGUGGAGCAGUCACACAACACAGCCACACAAAUGGGUGCAUGCAAUCAUGAAACAAUUCGACACUGAAAUUGCUUGCAUCCGUCUCGGAAGUACCAAUAUAAUUCCAGUGACUUCUCCAGAACUUGCCCUCGAAUUCUUGAAAACUCACGACGCUGCCUUUUCAUCACGCCCUGUCCCUAUGAUCAACAAUAUCUUGACGUGUGGAUUUCGUGGCACUAUUUUCACACCCUCGGAAGACCAAUGGAAGAAGAUGAAGAAAAUACUUGUUUCCAAAAUACUCAAUUCCUCCACUCUUCGUACAAUGUCUGCCCACAUAAUCCACGAAGCUGACACUCUUGUGCGUUACAUUUUCACCCUCACUGCCACUCACAAUAACAUUGUGAACGUGAGGAGCAUAACGCAGCAUUUUUGUGGCAACAUUAUUAGACAGAUGAUAUUCAAUACAAGGUAUUACGGUGGAGGAAGGGAAGAUGGGGGGCCAACUUUUGAAGAAGAAGAGCAUACUCAAGCUUUGUUUACAAUACUCAACCAUGUUUAUGCAUUUUCGAUAUCAGAUUAUAUGCCUUGUCUAAGGACCUUGGAUUUGGACGGACACCAGAAGAUUGUGAAAAAUGCUUUGAAAGUCAUUAGAAAGUAUGACGAACACAUUAUUAAUGCGAGAGUGAAACGAUGGAAAGAUGGGAACAACAAAGAGGUUGUGGACAUUCUUGAUAUCCUCAUCUCACUUCAAGACGAGAACGGAAAAUCGUUGUUGUCCAUCGAAGAGAUCAAGACUCAAAUCAUGGAGCUACAAAUUGCGACAAUAGAUAAUCCUUCAAAUGCAGUGGAAUGGGCAAUGGCAGAAUUGAUGAAUCAGCCAAAGAUUCUCAAGAAAGCAGUCGAAGAAUUGGACAGAGAAAUCGGAAGAGAGAGGCUUGUUGAGGAAUCUGAUAUCCCCAAACUCAAGUAUCUCACAUCAUGUGCAAGAGAAUCAUUUCGACUUCAUCCCUUUUCACCAUUCAAUGUUCCUCAUGUCUCAAACUCUGACAUUGUUGUAGCUGGUUACUUAAUUCCAAAAGGUAGUGAAGUCUUACUAAGUCGGUCGGGGCUCGGUCGAAACCCGAGGAUUUGGGAGGAUCCAAUGCGAUUUGAUCCCGAACGUCAUCUAAAGGAUAAGACAGUUGAAUUGGGAUUGUCAGAACCGUAUCUAAGAUUCAUUACAUUCACUCGAGGGAGGAGAGGCUGCAUAGGUAGCUCACUGGGCACUACUAUUACUAUGAUGCUAUUUGCUCGAAUGCUACAAGCAUUUUCAUGGAGCUUACCACAAGGAAUGACAAAGAUAGACUUCUCUGAGUCUAAUGAACUCUCCCUUCCCAAGCCAUUGUACCUAUCUGUCGAGCCACGUCUAUCUCGUACUAUGUACCUAGCUUAGGGCAUAAUUGUUAAACAAUAAGAUAUGUUUGAAAGUGAUUCUGAAUAUGAUUAAAAUCACUUUUGUGAUCA